UUUCCAAACUUCUCUCCUUUCUCUCCGCCAUUAGGGUUAGGGUUUCAGCGGCAGCCGGAGAGAGAUAGAGAGAGAGCCAUGGCUACACCGACCGCAACCGAAUCUGUUCAGUGUUUUGGGAGGAAGAAAACUGCAGUAGCGGUCACGCACUGCAAGCGCGGCCGUGGUCUAAUCAAAAUCAAUGGCAAGCCGAUCGAGCUGGUGGAGCCGGAGAUCCUCAGGUACAAGGCGUUCGAGCCGAUCCUCCUCCUCGGCCGCCACCGAUUCGCCGGGGUGGAUAUGCGCAUCCGCGUGAAAGGAGGCGGUCACACAUCGCAGAUCUACGCCAUCCGGCAGUCCAUCGCGAAGGCGCUCGUGGCGUUCUACCAGAAGUACGUGGACGAGCAGUCGAAGAAGGAGAUCAAGGACAUCCUCGGUAGAUACGACAGGACUCUGCUCGUCGCCGAUCCCAGGCGCUGCGAGCCGAAGAAGUUUGGUGGUCGUGGUGCCCGCGCCAGGUUUCAGAAAUCCUACCGUUGAUCAUUUCCUUUUAAUCGUUGAAUUAGUAUGUGUCCACACUAAAUUGAACUUGAGCUGCUGAGACUGUUUGGAUUACUUCGUCGUUUUCUUUUUGUAUCACAGUUUUGUUGUUAGUGAAUCGUUCCUGCGUUUUACCCUUAA